GCCAUUUCUUAUUCUAAAUCUGUUCAAAAUUUAGUAAAACAGAUAUUUCAUCCAUCGACGUGCAAAAAGUAUUAGAGGAAAAGAAGAGUACACACAUACGCGCAUCUGUGACGAAAGAAGAAAAAGGAAGUAAAAGAAAGUCGCUGUGUCAGAGGUUUUACGUCUCGUGCCGUCUGCACGAGUAGAAGAACAAUGAAGUUUGAAUACAAGGAGGGUCACCCUUUCGAGAAGAGAAAGGCAGAAGGUGAAAAAAUAAGACGAAAGUAUCCGGACAGGGUUCCUGUGAUCGUUGAAAAAGCACCCAAAGCCAAAAUUAGUGAUCUGGACAAACAAAAAUAUCUUGUACCAUCAGAUCUGACCGUUGGACAAUUUUACUUUUUAAUACGCAAGAGGAUUCAUCUUCGUCCAGAAGAUGCCUUGUUCUUCUUUGUUAACAAUAUCAUUCCUCCCACAAGCGCUACCAUGGGAUCUCUUUAUGCGGAACAUCACGAAGAGGACUUCUUCCUGUACAUAGCUUACAGCGAUGAAAAUGUCUAUGGGCAUUAAAAAUAAUUGGAAUCUUGGUUAAUGCUGAGAACUAAGAAAAAAUUAAAAAAAAAUGAAACAGCAAAGAAUUUAUCAUCUACGAUGUAGUCUUUAUAGACGCUUUUGAAAGUGUAAUCAAAUUAAAAGCCCUCAGUAAUUAAUCUGAUGAUGUUUAAAAAGAUGUUAGCGCUGCACUCUUUAAUCUUGCUUCCUCUAAAAUUUUAUGCGAUUCUCAAAUGAAGACACAAACGCCUUACUUUAAUUAUGCUUUUUUUCAAUUUGUAUAUUUAUCGUCGACAUUAAUUACAAGAAUAUUCAAUAAUCACAC